AAAAAUCCCAUUUCUAUUCUAACUUCCACAAAAAUGGCAAUUCGUCUCCCUUUGAUAUGUCUUCUUGUUUCAGUCACGGCCAUUGCGGCUGAUUUAACACCGGAACGUUAUUGGAACUCUGCCUUACCAAACACUCCCAUGCCAAACUCUCUCCGUCAUCUUUUUACGUCAGAUUUCACUGACGAGAAAAGCACCAAUGUCCAAGUAGGAAAAGGAGGCGUGAACGUUAACGCCGGAAAAGGUAAGCCUGGCGGAGGAACCGCCGUGAACGUUGGAAAAGGAGGUGUACAUGUGGACACCGGGAAGGGCAAAGGAACACACGUGAGCGUUAGCGGCGGAAAAGGUCACGGCGGAGGCGUAGGAGUCCACACGGGGAAGCCAGGAAAGAGAACCGACGUAGGAGUUGGCAAAGGCGGCGUUAUAGUGCACACGCGGCACAAGGGCAAGCCGGUCUACGUCGGUGUGAAGCCAGGACCAAACCCUUUUGCGUAUAACUAUGCAGCGAGCGAGACUCAGCUCCACGACGAUCCCAAAGCGGCUCUCUUCUUCUUGGAGAAAGACAUGGUCCCCGGGAAAGCUAUGAACCUCAGGUUUAAUGCGGAGGAUGGUUACGACGGUAAAACUGCGUUCUUGCCACGUGGAGAGGCGGAAACGGUGCCGUUUGGGUCGGAGAAGUUCUCGGAGAUCUUGAACACGUUCUCGGUGAGACCUGGUUCGGGAGAAGCUGAGAUGAUGAAGAAAACGAUUGAGGAGUGUGAAGCGAAAAGAGUCGGUGGUGAGGAGAAGUAUUGUGCUACGUCUUUGGAGUCGAUGGUCGACUUUAGUGUUUCUAAACUUGGCAAAGAUCACGUCCGUGCUGUCUCCACUGAGGUUGCUGAGAAGAAUGCACCGAUGCAAAAGUACACAAUCGCAGCUGCUGGAGUAAAGAAGUUGUCAGACGACAAGUCAGUGGUGUGUCACAAACAGAAGUACCCAUUCGCUGUCUUCUACUGUCACAAGGCGAUGAUGACUAGCGUUUACGCGGUCCCCCUAGAAGGAGAGAACGGUUUGCGCGCUAAAGCGGUUGCUGUAUGCCACAAGAACACCUCAGCCUGGAACCCAAACCACUUGGCCUUCAAAGUCCUUAAGGUGAAGCCCGGGAGCGUUCCGGUCUGCCAUUUCCUCCCUGAGACCCAUGUUGUUUGGUUCAGUUACUAGAUAUGCUUUCUAUAAUAAGUAAUAAUGUAUAAGAAGAUCUAUAUUCUGGGAUGUUUUGUAUGUAUACAUAUAUAGUAAUGUGUGGUUUCGAUAUGAUCAAUGCCCGAAGGCAUCUAUAUGUUUUGCUUUACGGAGUCUUCUAUAUGACCUACUUGCUUCUUGUUGUUUUGCAAGAGUAUAUUAAACUAAUAAAGUGGGUGGUGGUCUAGUGAUACUAGUUUCC